UUGUGUGUCUCUCUCUCUUUCUAAACAUCUUUUUCUAAUGUUGUAUCUAUUAUGUGUUGUGCCGUGUGCAGUAUGAAAUAAAGACUACCUGCGCUGAGUAUCAGUGAAGUUCAUUUUAAAUCGGUAUUUUUCACGUAGUGGUACCUCAGUGCGAUUUAAACAAACAAAAUGCCUUUCACUCCCGUCGAAACUCCAAAGUGCCCCAAGUGCGGCAAAUCCGUAUACGCUGCUGAAGAACGCGUUGCCGGAGGAUACAAAUACCACAAGACCUGCUUCAAAUGUGGAAUGUGCAACAAAGCUCUUGACUCCACAAACUGCACAGAACACGAAAAGGAAUUGUACUGCAAAAAUUGCCAUGCCCGCAAAUACGGACCUAAGGGUUACGGUUUCGGUGGCGGUGCUGGUUGCCUUUCCAUGGACACUGGUGCUCAUUUGAACAGAGAAGAAAUUGAUGGCGUCCGCAAUGGUGCUCGUCUUGAACCUAAAAAAAUUGCUAAAGCUCCAGAAGGUAUGGGUUGUCCCCGUUGCGGUGGUUACGUUUACGCCGCCGAACAAAUGUUAGCCAGAGGCAGAGGUUAUCACAGAAGAUGUUUCAAAUGUUUGCUCUGCAAUCGUACAUUGGAUUCAACAAUGCAUUGUGAUGGUCCCGAUAAGGAAAUCUAUUGCAGAGGUUGUUACGCUCAAAGAUUUGGUACCAGAGGUUAUGGUCAUAUAGGCAUGUCAUCAUUAGGUCUAAUGUCUGAUAUAAAAGAUAUUGAAUGGCAAAGUGAUAUGGCUCCCCGUACAGCUGCUAUUGAUGUUAGCAAAAUUCAAGCUCGUCCCGGUGAGGGUUGCCCACGCUGUGGUGGUGUAGUCUUUGCUGCUGAACAAGUACUUUCUAAGGGCCGUGAAUGGCACAGAAAGUGUUUCAAGUGCAGGGAUUGUACCAAGACUUUGGAUUCGAUCAUUGCUUGUGAUGGUCCCGAUAAGGAAGUUUACUGCAGAACUUGCUAUGGCAAGAAAUGGGGUCCUCAUGGCUAUGGUUUUGCCUGUGGAUCUGGAUUUUUGCAAACUGAUGGUUUGACUGAGGAGCAAAUUAUUGCCAACCGUCCCUUCGCAGCCCCUGAUACUACUUCAAUUAAGGCUCCCGAAGGUGAGGGUUGUCCUCGUUGUGGUGGUGCUGUCUUUGCUGCCGAACAACAAUUGUCCAAGAGUAGAAUGUGGCAUAAGAAAUGUUUCAACUGUAGCCAAUGCCAUCGUCCUUUGGACUCUAUGUUGGCUUGUGAUGGUCCCGAUAAGGAAAUCUACUGCAAGGCUUGUUAUGGCAAAAACUUUGGACCUAAAGGCUUUGGUUACGGCCACACCCCAACCUUGGUAUCUACCACUGGCGAAUCUACCAUUCAAUAUCCUGAUGGUAAACCUUUGACUGGCGCCCGUUCAUCUGGUGGCUGCCCACGCUGUGGAUUCGCUGUCUUUGCUGCCGAACAAAUGAUCAGCAAGAGCCGUAUCUGGCACAAGAGAUGUUUCCACUGUGCCGAUUGUAGGAAAUCAUUGGACUCGACCAACUUGAACGAUGGUCCCGAUGGUGAUAUAUAUUGCAGAGCUUGUUAUGGUCGUAACUUUGGUCCCAAAGGUGUUGGUUAUGGCCUUGGUGCCGGUACUUUGACAAUGGCUUAAGCGUUAAACAACAACAAUAAUAAGAAAAAAAAAACAUUUCCAUUCAAAUCGAAUCGCCUACCACAAAAAUACCACUACAACGACGAAAAAAAUAAACGUAAAAUUAAAAUGAUAUAAAGAAACGAAAUAAUGAAAAGUAGUAGAUUUAAAAUAAAACUUUUAAUUAAACGAACAAACGAUACAAACAAAAUGAUAAUUCAUAAAAAAAAUAUAUAUAAUUAAUCGUAUUGUAAAUCUACACCAACAUUAAACAAAUGGAAGUUACGACCCCUAUUUAACGAACGCUUAUACAAUAUAUAUAUAUUGAAAUUCUUGUUGAGGAACAUUUUAGAAACAAACAAACGAUCAUUGCGAAAUAUAUAUAUGUAUAAUGUAUAUAUACAUCAUAUAUAUAUGAUUAUUAUUAUUAUUAUUUUUUUAUAUAUAUAUUUUAUACAUAUUCAUAGUUUACUAUAGACAAACAAACCUGAUUAUAAAAGCAACAAAAAAAAAAUAAUAAAAGAAUAAAAUUAUGCAUACAUACAUACAUUUAUAGUUAAGCAUUAAAGCAUAAGAAUGUGAGAAUAAUGAAACAAAAUGAACAAAA